UAGUAACAGGAGCCCGGCGCGCGAGCCUCAGAGCGCUGCAGACUGAAUCUACAGAACUUUCACGCGGAGAUGUUCUGCUACUGGGGAGAUGAUGUCAGAGCGGGCUUUGGGCUGGUCAAGCCUGACGGAGUGAAGAAGACCACUUCGGGUGUUUUCUUCUGUUCUCCAAAAUCCAGAAUCAAGCAGCUCGCGCCCGGAAAGGGGCUGGCGGGCUUCGUGCGCGGAGAGGGGAAUGUGUCCGUUAUCAGAGUGCCCCCUGCUGGCGGACUGCAGUGCGGCAGGCUGAAGAAUCUGGAGCUGAAAGACAAGAUCAGACUGAUGAGCUGCGGAGAAGCUCAAGCAGUUCUUCUCACAUAUGCAGGCAGAACGUUUUGGAUGGACAAAUAUAACCAGUGCAGAUGUGGAGACCAGCACUGCAUGGCACUAACCCACGAUGGUCAGUUGUUCACAUGGGGUCAGAACUCCAGUGGUCAGCUGGGUUUGGGGAAAGGUGAGCCCAGCUUUCUGUCUCCUCAGCCCCUCAAGUCUCUGUGUGGGAUCCCGCUGGCUCAGAUCAGCGCUGGGGGAGACCACAGCUUCGCCCUUUCUCUCUCUGGAUCUGUGUUCGGAUGGGGCAGGAACAGCGCUGGACAGCUGGGCCUGGGGGACACUGAAGACAGAUACAUUCCAGCCUGUGUGAAUAACCUGAGCUUCAAGAAAACAGUCUUCAUCUCAUGUGGAGAGGAGCACACUGCCACUUUGUCAAAGGGAGGAACUGUUUUCACUUUUGGAUCGGGUCGUUAUGGGCAGCUUGGACAUAACUCCUUCAGAGAUGAACACCGACCUAGAGUGGUGGGUGAACUCUGGGGGUCAAAGGUGUCCCAGAUCACCUGUGGAAGACAUCACACUCUGGCGCUGGUUGAAUCAUCAAAAACAAUCUAUUCAUUUGGAUGUGGAGAACAGGGACAGCUGGGAAAUGGACAGCGAACCAAUCAGUGUGUGCCACUUCCUGUACACCUGCCACCAGAGACGAAUCAUGACAAAUCAGUUGAGCAGAUCGUUGCUGGUGGGAACCUUUCCUUCGUCUUGUGCUCUCAGCAGGAAGCUGAUAAUAGCUCAGUGCACCCGGAAUCGAACCGAGGGAGAGGGAUUUUAAUGUUAGGGGACCAAAUGAUUGACAGAUGGAUAUCUGAGUGUGACUCAAAUCAGUGGAGGAUGAUCAAGAAAGAAAUUAAAACAGUGUUCUCAUCUGCUGAAUGUCUGAAUGGGAGCUUCAUUAAGAAAAGUUGUGAUGGACAUUAUCAAACUUCUACAAGCUUCUCUGGUUUGGAUAUGGAAUCAGUGAGAACUGCUUUUGAGCGGUUAGCUCAGAAGGAAAAGGUGUUGUUGGAGAUAGAGAAGAUUGUGGAGAAGGAUCUGCUCCCCUCUUUGGGCUGCACUGCUCUUGGUGCUGAAGCUCUGAGAGUUUACCUCAUCCUGCCCGAGCUCCUCAGAGUGCUGAACAAAGAUCUGCAUGAAACAAAACUAACUGCUGAAUUGGCCUCUGCCAUCUUAAAGCUGCAACCUUGCAUGCUCCAGGUUUUGGAGAACUACUGGUCUGAGCUCCCUGAUGACUUCUUUAAACCCUUGGUGGAGCUGUUCCACAAACCCUCUGUAUACUUCAUAUCGAAGAUGGCGUUUGACCAACGACAAAAAAUGUAUUUCAGGUUUCUGAAGAAAUGUGUGCGAGUCCUGCAGAUGCUCUAUAAGGCGUUCUGUAAAAGCCAAAGAGAAAUGGCAUCCAGGGACUUCAUUAUCUAUGAGGUCAAUGAUCUGCUUGAGUUGUUGGAAGCUCUUACUCAGGACUUGCUUUAUAUGAGUGAUUGGUUUUUAGUGUUAAAAGAAAAAAGGCAUCUAGAGCACAUCCUGCAAAUUCUGAACUCCAGUCCUUGCAUCUUUAACCUGGAGGCCAAAUGCAGCCGUCUAAAACUGAGAAAAGUUAGGGAGGUCUUCAGGCUGGAGUUGAGACGCACUGCGCUCCUGGAGGACUGUUUCAGUCAAUUGAGAGCUGCUGAUGAGAGCGCUCUGAAAGGUUGGCUCCAGGUGGUGUACUCUGAGAAGUAUGAAAAGACAGACGUUAAUAAGAGAGACUUCUUUCUCAAUGCAUUUCGCACUUUGUUGGAACCAGAAUCCAAAAUGUUCAUGUACAACGACACAAAAACACUGAUCUGGUUUCCUGCUGAGCCCAGUUUACAGGAGGAGCGCUACUUUCUGUUUGGAUGCCUGUGUGGUCUGGCCUUUAACAACAACAGUGUAGUGAACCUGCCCUUUCCUUUAGCCCUGUUCAAGAAGCUUGCUGAUGUCCAGCCUUCCCUGGAGGAUCUGACUGAGUUUAGUCCUGUUCUUGGAAGGAGCUUGCAGUACAUCCUGGACUACAGGGAUGAAGAUGUUGAUUGCAUGGACAUGAGUUUCACAAUCAUUUGGGAGGACAAGGAGGUCGAACUGGAUCCAAAUGAGCCUGGGAAAGUCGUCACAAGCUCAAACAAAAAGGAGUUUGUGGACACCUAUGUGGAUUACGCCAUGAACAAGUCAGUGGAGCGAGUGUUUGAGGAGUUCAGGAGGGGCUUCUACAAAGUGUGUGACCGAGACAUGGUGGAGUUCUUCCAGCCCGAGGAGCUGAGAGGAGUGAUGGUGGGCACAGAAGAAUAUGACUGGAGUACACUCAAAAAGAACACACAUUAUAAAGGAGAGUUCCAUUCAAGACACCCAACUAUUAUUUCUUUCUGGGAAGUGUUUGAUGAACUGUCAGACAAGGACAAGAAAGCCUUCCUCUUGUUCUUGACUGGCUUCGAUCGAGUGCCUUUUCUGGGUAUGGACCAAGUGAGGAUGAGGGUUUGCCCCCUGUAUAUGUCCACCGAAGACCACCUGCCUGAGGCUCUUACCUGCCAUUCCCUCCUGCAGCUGCCCAUGUACCAAACCAAGGAAACACUAAGAGCUAAACUCAUAAAGGCCCUACACCACAAGAGGGGCUUCUGGGAGGAAUAAAUGGACUUAUCAAGUGUCUUAACAAAUGCUGUAUGACAUAUCAUUUGUCCUUGCUCUCUAUAUGUGAAUAUUAGCUUUGUUUACACCUCAGCUUUGAAUUUUAUGAUUAUAUAGCCUAAUUACAUAGUAUCUUUCUCUGACAAUCUAAUCUGUAAUCAGAGAAAUGUGGCUAAUGAAAUACAUUAAAUAACUUUGGUUAUAACUUUUGAUUUGUAUGUAACCAUAAAAGCAUUUAGGAACUCUUAUGAAUCAUGACAUAAUUUUAUGUAUGUUCUAUUGUUUAAAACAAUCACAGAAUUAGAGCUUUAAAUUGUUUUCUUAAAGCCAGAGUAUGGCAGCUGGGCAAACAAGCAAACACACACUAUGCUCUCUUCCCAUUCUCUUAAAUUAAUAUGGUUUGUCAGCUCUUUUUAUGGACAUUCUAACUACAACCAACAUUAUAAUGUUCAUAUUUCUUCAUGUUUGUCCAGUCAGUGUAUUUUGGCCCUUAAAGGGGAAUUCCAAUGAUUUUUCAAAUUUUCUGCAUAAUUAAUGUAAUCAAAGUCAUUUAGAGUGGUUUGAUCAAAAUGUUUUUAUGUGGUUCUGUUCACUGUGCCUCUAGAAACAGCCUGAUGUUGUGUAAUAUACAAUCACAAGUCACUUUACUAGAAACCCCUACAUUAUAGAUUUACAUUUCUGGUUACAGUUAGACACUGUAGCCUGUUGUUACACUGUUUGGGUUAGCCCACAUCAAGGGGUUCAGCAAUGGUCAUAUCCUGACCACUGAACCACUCAAGGCUGGUUCUUUGUGGGAUGAUGGGCCAAUUUGAAUCUUGCAGUGAUACUGACGUAGUGGUUUUUCAACAUGUACCGAAAGCUAAUUGGUAAAAAACAAUUACCUUUGAGCAGGCAUUGUAAAACUAUAACACCCAUGAUGCUUUGCAAAAGCAUCUUCCUAGAGAGCAAGUUUGAGAGGAA